CCGCCUCCGGGAGCUUUCGGCCGGGCCGGUCCCCUCCCGCUUCCUCCUGCGCCCCGUCGGAGCCCCAGAGAUGAAUUUUUCCAUCUCUUCAGAGAUGAACCAGAUUAUGAUGCAUGAUUAUCACAGAAGAAAUUCGUGUCUAUAGCUUUUAAGGACUUGAUUACAUCAUUUUCAAGCCUGAUAGUUUUGGAACCACCAUUAGAACUUAAGAAACAUCAACAUUCACUCCAGCCACCUAUCUUCAUACCUUGACAAAGUGCUUCCUUUCGACACUCCUUUGUCUUUGGAUCAAUUUUAGUUCCCAGUAAUCAUUUCUCACCAGUAAGAAGCCAAACUUAAACGGAAAAAUGAUUCCCAAUGGAUACUUGAUGUUUGAAGAUGAGAACUUCAUUGAGUCUUCUGUUGCCAAAUUAAAUGCCCUGAGAAAAAGUGGCCAGUUCUGUGAUGUUCGACUUCAGGUCUGUGGCCAUGAGAUGUUAGCGCACAGAGCAGUGCUGGCUUGCUGCAGUCCCUAUUUAUUUGAAAUCUUUAAUAGCGAUAGUGAUCCUCAUGGAGUUUCUCAUGUUAAAUUUGAUGAUCUCAAUCCAGAAGCUGUUGAAGUCCUGUUGAAUUAUGCAUACACUGCUCAGUUAAAGGCUGAUAAGGAAUUAGUGAAAGAUGUUUAUUCUGCAGCAAAAAAACUGAAGAUGGACCGCGUGAAGCAGGUUUGUGGUGAUUAUUUACUAUCUAGAAUGGAUGUUACCAGCUGUAUCUCUUACCGAAAUUUUGCAAGUUGUAUGGGAGACUCACGUCUUUUGAAUAAGGUUGAUGCAUACAUUCAGGAGCAUUUGUUACAAAUUUCAGAAGAAGAGGAAUUUCUUAAACUUCCACGUCUAAAGUUGGAGGUGAUGCUUGAAGAUAAUGUUUGCCUGCCCAGCAAUGGCAAAUUGUACACAAAGGUAAUCAACUGGGUGCAGCGUAGCAUCUGGGAGAAUGGAGACAGUCUGGAGGAGCUGAUGGAGGAGGUUCAAACCUUGUACUACUCAGCUGAUCACAAGCUGCUUGAUGGGAACCUUCUAGAUGGACAGGCUGAGGUGUUUGGCAGUGAUGAUGACCACAUUCAGUUUGUGCAGAAAAAGCCGCCACGUGAGAAUGGCCAUAAGCAGAUAAGUAGCAGUUCCACUGGAUGUCUCUCUUCUCCAAAUGCUACAGUACAAAGCCCUAAACAUGAGUGGAAAAUCGUUGCUUCAGAGAAGACUUCAAAUAACACUUACUUGUGCCUGGCUGUGCUGGAUGGUAUAUUUUGCGUCAUUUUCCUUCAUGGGCGAAAUAGCCCACAGAGCUCACCAACAAGUACUCCAAAACUAACGAAGAGUUUAAGCUUUGAGAUGCAACCAGAUGAGCUAAUAGAAAAGUCCAUGUCUCCAAUGCAGUAUGCACGGUCUGGACUGGGGACAGCAGAGAUGAAUGGCAAACUCAUAGCAGCAGGUGGCUAUAACAGAGAGGAAUGUCUUCGAACAGUUGAAUGCUAUGAUCCACAUACAGAUCAUUGGUCCUUUCUUGCUCCUAUGAGAACACCAAGAGCCCGAUUCCAGAUGGCUGUACUCAUGGGCCAACUCUAUGUGGUAGGUGGAUCAAAUGGCCACUCAGAUGACUUGAGUUGUGGAGAGACAUAUGACCCAAACAUUGAUGACUGGACCCCUGUUCCAGAAUUGAGAACUAACCGAUGUAAUGCAGGAGUAUGUGCUCUUGAUGGGAAAUUAUACAUCAUUGGUGGCUCUGAUCCAUACGGUCAGAAAGGACUGAAAAAUUGUGAUGUUUUUGAUCCUGUAACAAAAUCGUGGACAAGCUGUGCUCCUCUUAACAUUCGUAGACACCAGUCUGCAGUUUGUGAGCUUGGUGGGUAUUUGUACAUUAUUGGAGGUGCAGAGUCUUGGAAUUGUCUGAACACAGUAGAGCGUUACAGUCCUGAAAAUAACACCUGGACUUUAAUUGCUCCCAUGAAUGUGGCCAGGCGAGGAGCUGGAGUAGCUGUUCUUGAUGGAAAACUGUUUGUGGGCGGCGGCUUUGAUGGCUCUCAUGCAAUUAGUUGUGUGGAGAUGUACGAUCCAACUAGGAAUGAAUGGAAGAUGAUGGGAAAUAUGACUUCACCCAGGAGCAAUGCUGGGAUCACAACUGUGGGGAACACCAUUUAUGCAGUGGGAGGAUUUGAUGGCAAUGAAUUUCUGAAUACGGUGGAAGUCUAUAAUGUUGAGUCAAAUGAGUGGAGCCCUUACACAAAGAUUUUCCAGUUUUAACAAAUUUAAGACCCUCUUAAACUAACAGGCUUAGUGAUGUAAUUGUGUUUAGUAGAGGUACACUUGUGAAUAAGGAGGGUGGGUGGGUAUAGAUGUUCAUAGAUGUUGUUAACAGCAACACAAAGCUUUUGCAUAUUGCAUAUUAUUAAACACGCUGUACAUAACUUUUUGUGUUUGGGAAGGAAUGCAAAGAUGAAGGUCUGUUUUGUGUCUUUUUAAGACUUUCUUUGGUUAUUUUAUCUUUUGGAAGUUGAUACUAUAAAAGAAUAAACAGAAUUUGAUUGGGCAUGUCACUUCAAGAAGUCCCUUCUCCACAUUUGUUUUGCCAAUUUGCACAUUCAGUGACUCCUCCCUCAGUUGUUUAUAAUGGGAUAGAAGAAUAGGGUUUAAACAUGUAGGCAGUUGGGAUUUUUAAGGACCCUUUUUCAAUAACUGGAAUACUCUAUAACAAAAGUUACUUAUUUAAAUAAGAUAACAAUGACUAUUUUUGUUUUUAUUAAAAGCUGACAUGCCUACCAAUAUUUAAUCUUUUAUGAUUGCCUUUUUAUAACUUUUUAUAUUCUCAGCAGAGUGCUUUAUCUGUUGAAAUAAAAUGUGACAAACUCAGUUACUGAAGCAGAAUGGCAGUCUUUAAGGAUGCAGAGUAGGGCUUCUUAAAUGCAGACUUGGUAGCACUCGAUUCAGCUGCUUUUUUUUUUUUUGAAAAUGUAGUAUUGACGUUUGAACAGAGUUGCUGCUGAACAGUAACAGUGAUGAUUUGGUAGUUCAAGUAUUAGUUUGAAUUAAUUUGACAAGUAUAGGACAUUUAAUGGAUAGUGAUAAGAAAAAUGAAGCAUUUUAUCAUUUUUCCAAAUCCUGUUUUUAUCAUGAACAAAAUCUUGAACAGAGCCUUUGAUGGGGAAGAAAAUAAUUACUACCAACUGUUGGGUUUGUGAAUGUGGCCCUUAUCAGAACUAUAUUUUUGUUCAGCUUUUCUAUUUGUCUGGAUAAAUACUGGUUGGGAUGAACUGGUAUCUGAUGUAUUGUUAUACACCUAACAUAUGGUGCCAAAAUGAUGACGUCUAAUGCUUGCAGACACAUUAAAAGGUACCUUGGCCGAAGUCCUUGCACGAUGGGAUGAAUAUCCAAAUGUUUGUCUACUCAUUCGUUACUAAAAGUUGGAUUUUUUUAAUAUAUAAGGAUGAACUUAAGGUAUUUGUAGAAAAAAUUCACCCAGCAUCUCACAUUUGGAAUAAGGGAUGAUAUAAAAUCUUUUUUUCACAGAAAAUGAAGAAUGCCUGAACCUAAAGAACUGGUGAGAUGACUCUUCAGUGGCUAACUUGGGUUAGGAGGAGGUUAGACAUUUGUUCUGGUGGUCCUUUGCCACUUUGUUUCUACCAGAUUUCAGAGAACUACUCAAAAAGAAAAUCAGAUCACCUGGUUACUAACCAUUUAUGUUGCUUUGUUUCUGACUAGAACUAGUUUAGCAAGUUAUAUUUGAAUUUGCUUAAUAUGAUGACUGUUCUUUACAUGGAUCUGUGUAUGUUCUAUUGAGCUCAAGGAAAUAAAGUUUUAGAUGAGGAUUCAGCACUUAAGAUCCUUGAAAUUAUUUCAUAAGUAAUGUGCUUCAUGCAAAUAAAUGGGAAUACUUUUA